AUGGGCGGCAGUUUGGAUGAGAGGUCCUCGUGCUCGUCGUCUAAGCGGCGGCGACGGAAUAAUGAUCGUGCCGAGAGGCUGCCGCGGAAGCAGCACCUUUAUCUGGCGGUGGAUGACUGGGAGGGCGGGUACAGCAUCCACAAGCUUGACGCCGACGACAUCUUGGAGGAUACACAAGGAGGCGGAGGAGAGCACAAGCUUCUGGAGCACGCUGCCAUCCGGAUAAAGACGCCGAUGUGUGGCCGUAUGGAGUUCACCGCCGUGGGCACCAACAUCUUGGUCGACACCAACCCGCAUAACCGCGGCGACCACGCUCCCCCAGCCGUCAUCUACGACACGGAGACCGCAGCCCUCACCGUGGGCCCGCGUUUUCCACGUGGGAUUGAUCCCCUAGCGACUAGCAUAGCUGUCGGCAAAACGAUAUAUGUCUUGACAACCGCAGACUUGCCUCAUCUCCCAUGUUUGCAAGCCUUGUCGUGGCGCAGAGUCGCCGCAGACAACAUAUGGGAUCCAUACAUGGAUUGGUCCUGGAACAAAGUGCAGUCACAGCCACCCUUCAACGGAGUAGACAUCGUCGGCUACGCGUUGCACCCGGACGGACGUACCAUCUUCAUGUCUACAAGGAAGCAGGGAACCCACUCCUUGGACACGAGCAACGGCGUGUGGACAGGCCUUGGGGACGACUGGGUUUUGCCCUUCAAAGGCCAAGCCUUCUUCGACGCAGAGCUAAAUGCAUGGGUUGGGACGGAUCGCAAGGGCGCUGGAUAUGUUUGCUGCUGUCAGGUUGCCUCACGCAGCGCCACCACCAAAUGGCCGUUGGAAUGCAGGGUGCUCAAGGAGAAGCUGUUUCGCCGCAACAACGAGGAGCAUUACAUGGAGGGUGGCCGGCACAAGGAUGUCACUCUUACCUACAUGGGCGAUAGCAGGUUUUGCCUCGUCGAGAACAUCGUAUCCAGCAAGGAAGCCAUCGACACUGUGCUCCAUGUCACCUUGUUUGGCCUCAUGUAUGACCACAUGGGAGAGCUCCAAACUAAGGGUCGCCGUGGCACUAGGUCCUAUGCAGUGUCCAAGAACACUCGUCAUUUCUCUCAUGCAACAUUCUGGAUGUAA